AUCUGUCAGGUUCGUCUUUGUACUCUCUCUUUUUAUUACUUUUCUGCUUUAUUUCUUUGAAUUUUGUAUUUUUGCUUCAUUUCUCGGACAUUAUGUUUGAUACAAGAAAACCCACCUCAGAAAGUUUGGUUCUUGGCAAGGGUUUUGCUGCUGCUGCUGCUACUUGAUUGUACAUACUCUCUCCUCUGUAUCUCUCUCUCUUCCAGAGGGUGUGUUUCUGUGAAAUGGGUGCUCAAGAUUUCUGGGUUUUCAUUUUUGUUAUUGGGUUUUGCUUACAAGCUCGGGUUUCGAGCUCUCAAAACCUGACAUGCAAUCCAAAUGAUUUGAAGGCAUUGGAGGAUUUCAUGAACGGUAUAGAUUCUGUGAUUGAUGCGUGGGGUAGCAAUUUCUCAUCUGAUUGCUGCAAAUGGGCAGGCAUCACUUGCAAUUCUUCUUCCUCUCUCGGAUUGAACGAUUCCAUUGAUACUUAUAGAGUGGUUAAGUUGGAGCUUCCAAAGAGAAGGCUAGUGGGAAAUCUCUCUGCAUCUUUAGGCACUUUGGACCAGCUUAGAACCCUCAAUCUCUCUCAAAAUUUCCUCAAACACUCGCUUCCAAUUUCGCUCUUCCAUUUGCCGAAUUUAGAGUUCUUAGACUUGAGCUCUAAUGAUUUUUCCGGCCCCAUUCCUUUCGAUAUCGAAUUGCCUUCAAUCCGGUUGCUUGAAAUUUCUCAAAACUUUUUGAAUGGUACCCUUCCGGCCAGCAUCUGUGACAAGUCUACUCAGCUUCGAGCACUGAAGUUGGCUGUGAACUACUUCUCUGGCAACCUCCCACCAGGUCUUGGCAAUUGUACUUCCGUGGAGGACCUCCGUCUAGGCAUGAAUAAUUUCAAUGGCGGUGUGCCCGAAGGUCUAUUUCGUCUGCGAAAGCUAACCCAGUUGAACAUUCAAGAUAACAAGCUUUCCGGGGUGCUCAGCGAAGAAUUCGGUAACCUCAUUAAUCUUGUUCAUUUGGAUAUCUCAACUAAUGAAUUUUCAGGAACCAUCCCAGAUGUUUUCCACAGGCUUGGAAGAUUACAGAAUCUUGUAUUCCAUUCAAAUCGUUUUGGUGGUCGGAUACCCCCUUUCUUGUCGAGUUCCUCGACCAUCUCUUUGCUUAAUUUGAGAAACAAUUCAUUGCAGGGCACAAUUGAUCUUAAUUGUUCAGCAAUGACUAGUUUGACCACUCUUGAUCUCGGUUCCAAUCAGUUUGAUGGGCCUAUUCCCUCCAAUCUUCCCUCUUGUCGACAUUUGAAUAAUGUCAAUCUUGCCCGUAACAACUUCACGGGCGAAAUACCAGAAAGCUUCAAGAGUUUCCAUAGCCUCUCUUACCUCUCGCUGUCAAAUUCCAGCGUUUCCAAUAUCUCUUCUGCCUUACAAAUUUUACAGCAAUGCCGGAACCUGACUACUUUGGUUCUCACCUUGAACUUCCGCGGCGAAGAAUUUCCUGCUGAUCCGACCCUUCAUUUUGAAAAGUUGAAGGUUCUUAUUAUUGCAAAUUGUAGGCUCACAGGUGUAAUACCUCAAUGGUUGAGUACUAGCAGCAGAUUGCAAUUUUUGGAUAUAUCGUGGAACCAAUUGCAAGGAACAAUUCCAGGCUGGUUUGGCAAUUUUAGCAGUCUUUUCUACUUGGACAUGUCGAAUAAUUCACUUACGGGUGAAAUCCCUAUAAGCUUAACUGGAUUACCGAGCCUCAAUAGUGGGAGGAUCUCCAUUGAGGAACCUUCCCCUGAUUUCCUUCUACUCAUGAAGAGGAAUGUAAGUGCACGAGCGUUGCAGUACAAUCAAGUGUGGCGAUUUCCACCGACGCUGGGACUAAGUAACAAUAAUCUUAGCGGACCAGUCUGGCCCGAGUUUGGGAAACUGAAAUUGCUUCAUGUUUUGGAUCUCAAGUUCAACAGUCUAGCAGGACCGAUUCCGAGUAGUUUAUCUGGCAUGUCCAACUUAGAGACUCUGGAUUUGUCUCAUAACAAGCUUUCGGGGACACUCCCGCCUUCGCUGGUCAAUCUCAACUUCUUGUCCAAGUUUAGCGUUGCAGACAAUCAGUUAUAUGGGGUGAUCCCUACAGGAGGUCAGUUUUCGACCUUCUCAAGUUCAAGCUUUGAAGGGAACAGUCUUUGCGGAUACGAUGCUUCCCCUUGUCCAGCAGGACUGGAUGCUCCUCUGCGAACAUGGUUCGGGAAAUCGAGCAAGGAUUAUACAGGAGUUAUUGCCGGAGUCGGUGUUGGAUUUGUAUUUGGAAUAGCAUGUUUCAUUGGAAUAGAUAGGUACGUCUGGACAUUUUAAGGAGAGUACAUCCUUCUUUUUAUUUUAUUUGUAUUUGGAAUAGCAUGUACAUUUACGCUCGUGGUCUAAUGUAUAGAGUCGUAGCUUAUGGUUGUGUGAGUGAGAGAAAUUCCAGCACCGACAUAUUCGUAUGCAUCGACACUCACACACGAAUGAUGGGAGGUGUCGCAUACGAACGUGUGUGCAAGAAUCUCUCCCAAGUGAUGAAGGUGGAUUCCUUUGAAUGUAACAAAAGAACAGCAUAUGAAAUGGAAGGGUUGCAAAUUAGAUAA